AACGGAAGUAGAAGUUGACACAUCAAUUUUGGAGUAAAAUACACUGUUGUGCGCUAUACCAUCGUGCCACUGUAAGGAAAUAUUAAAAUAGACUGGACAAAAUGGCCGCUGACGAUGAAAGAUUCAAUGUUUUCCUGCCUGAUGACAUCCCGGCAUACCUAGAUUCUCCUUAUUUCAAAUCCACAGAAAUGGAACAUCACUACCCAAAUAUGUAUGACUUUAGAAGGGCGGCCAUCUUCAACUCGCCACGGGCAUUAUUCGCCCCGUUUGAUCGAAAAAUGUUCGUGCCCAAAUCAAGACCAUCGUACAUGCGUGAAGAGGACUACGGGGUUCGUGCUGACUGGCUGAGUGCCUGGGGAAACGCCCGAGUCCGCCACACCAACACUAGUCUUGCUAGACUUACACUUUUCAAACAUUAACGUUGGCCCAGAGGUUUGACUCGACAAAUAAAGAUUGUUUUAUGGUAUUCUUUUGCAUGGCUAGG